CAACUUUUAGAAUAAUUUAUAAUAAAAGAUAUUAUAGUAUAGUAUCUAAUUAUUAUUGAUUUUAAAUUAGGAACUUACUGUACCUUCAGUUCCUGCUGAAGAUGAACAACAAGGAAGUCUUGUUAAGCAAUUAUUGGAAACUAAAAAAGAUUUAGAAGGUGGAAGUCAGCAAUUACCUUCCAGAAAAGUUGAAAUUGAUAAAUCUCAGAUGACUGAUGUUGCAAGAAGAAGAGAGAGAGAAUCCACUACUAAAGAACUAGAACAAUUAAGGUCUUUUAUUCAGACCGUUAGUCGAAGUGCGAAUCCAUUAGGAAAAAUUUUAGAUUAUUUACAGGAAGAUAUUGAUUCUAUGCAACAAGAAUUAAAAAUGUGGCAAGAAGAACAUCAGCAAAAUUUGGUUGCAUUACAUCGAGAAGAAAGUAUAACGGAAAAUGUUCUAGAUCCAUUAAGAGCACAAUUGGAAGAAUUGGAACAGACUGUACAAGAUCAAUUAGACAGUAUUAGCACUUUGAAGAGUUCUAUAUUGCGCAACGAUGAACGUAUCCACCGCAUGUUAACUGCUGUCAAUCAGACUCACGAUUCAGAAGACAUGCAACUAUUUUAAUGUCACCAUUAGUGCCAUAGUUAUUAAUUAACUUCACCACGUCAUUAUUUUAAUUGAUGUGAUAACAGAAACUCAAAUAUUAUCAAUUAUUUUCUCUCUUUUUUCUAAAUGCUCAAAGAUAUUUUUGAACUUGAUUUAUUUGUAUAGUAUGUUGAAAUAAGAUGCCUGUUACCAAAGUAAGUGCCUGUUUGUAUUAAUCCGUCCACUCGUUUGCUAAAUAUAUAAUUUAUUGUUAUAUUUGAGAAGCAAUACUUUGUAUUUUAAAAUUUUUGCACAAAAUUUGUCAAGAGUGUUAUUAAAAGCAUUUAUUCAGUUCCUACA